CUUCAUUUCACCACCUUCACCUGUCUCUUUCUUGCACGAGGCAAUACUUCUCACGAUUCUCUUGCUAGCAGGUCACAUAGCAUCCCAUCACGCAUCACGUCACCCACACUGAAAUCGACCAGCGACCGCCCGUCUAGAGCCCCGUUUUAGACGACUCAAAAGGCAACUGUCCCUCGCGUCACCUCACCCCGCGUGACGUCCAUUCUAGAUUUGCUUAUACUCGCCCCCCGCUGCCAGAAGUCUGUAUUCUCGUCGGCGCCCUCCCCGGCCCCGCAAUGCCCGCUCGUCCGCUUGCUGCUGCUGAUAGCGCCGCCAGCGCUGGUGGCGCCACGUGGCAAGGCUCGGCGGGUUCGGCGGCGGGUUCGGCGGCGGGAGAUGCGGCGCAGUUGGCGGGGAUGGACGAGAGCAUGCAGGCGCUGCGGGAGGUGGUGGUGUGGCCGAUUAAGUACGCCAAAGAGGCAGCUGCUUUAGGCUUAAAGUGGCCGUCAGGCGUGCUGCUGUACGGCCCGCCAGGCACAGGCAAGACUCUAAUGGUCCGGGAGACUGCUCGCGAGUGCAACGCACGGCUCUUCACAGUCACGUCCUCGUCUAUCUUCGGAGCAUACGCAGGGGAGAGCGAGAGGCGGCUGAGGGACGUCUUUGACGAGGCUAGAGGGGGAGGGCAGGGGAAGGGAGGUGCGAAGGGGGUUGUGGGGGGAACCUCGGAGGGAGCUGCUACAGAUUUGCGGCCGUCGAUUGUGUUUAUUGAUGAGAUCGAUGUGCUGUGCCCCAAACGAGACUCAAGGCGGCAGAACGAGACAAGAAUAGUAUCUCAGCUUCUCACUUUAAUGGACGGCAUCUCUUCCUCCGCACUCCCCUCCUCCUCCUCUCCUCUCCCCUCCUCGUCCUCGCAACCCCCCUCAUCCCAACCCUCUCGCCCACUUGUCAUCAUCGCUGCAACAAACCGACCAAACGCACUAGAUGCCGCGUUACGCCGGCCGGGAAGAUUCGACCGCGAGAUCGCAAUCAACGUGCCGGGCACACAGCAGAGAGAGGCGAUCCUCAAGCUGCACGCGCGCUCCCUGCCCCUGCAUGCUGACGUGGACAUGCGCCAGCUGGCGGCGCGUUGCAAGGGCUACGUGGGCGCUGACCUGGCAGCGGUGUGCCGCGAGGCUGCGCUGGCCGCUAUGAUGGAGAUGGCUGGUGGGGCAGGGGAGGUGUUUUCUGGGGGAGGCGUGGCUGGUGGGGAAGAGGAGAGGGGGGAGAAGGAGGGGGAAGGGGGAUCUGCAGAGAGGUCGGACGGCAGUGGUUGCACUGCCAGGGAAAAUGGCAGCAGCAACAGCAGCAGCAACAGCAGCAGUUGUGUCACCAGCCGUUCUGGCGAUCUUACCGUAGCAGCCAGUAGCAGCUGCAGCAGCACCAAAAACGGCACAGGCAGCACAGAAAACGGCAUUAGCAGCAAAGAGAAUCCCACAAGCAGCAGUGCUGUAAGCAGUGCCGACAGGGGCAGCAGCAGUGUAGGUCUAGUGGCGAUGCGGCACUUUGACGCUGCUCUCUCCCGCGUGGGCCCCUCCGUGACUCGCGGCGUGGCGGCAGAGCUGCCAGCUGUCACAUGGGACGACGUUGGAGGGUUGGGUGGAGUCAAGAAGCGGCUGAGGAUGGCAGUGGAGUGGCCUCUGCAGCACCCUGCGGCCUUCCUUCGCCUCGGGCUGACCCCUCCUCGAGGGGUGCUGCUGCACGGGCCACCAGGGGGCGGCAAGACAAUGCUCGCGCUGGCCGCAGCCCAUGCCUCCAAGGCCACCCUCUUCUCGCUCAGUGGAGCGGAUCUGUUCUCAAUGUACGUGGGCGAGGGCGAGGCCAUGCUGAAAGACACGUUCCGUUUGGCUCGCAUGGCGGCUCCCAGCGUGGUCUUCGUGGACGAGGUGGACGUGGUGGGGGGGCGCAGAUCUGAUGCGGAGAGCUCAGGAGGAGGAGGAGGGGGGGGCAGUGUGGGUGAGAGGCUGCUGGCAGCGCUGCUCACUGAAAUGGACGGUCUGCAGUCACUCACUGCUCCCAUCGCACCAACAAGCAGCACAAGCAGCACAAGAAGCACAAGGGAAGGCAAUUCUGACGCUGUGUCCACUCCCUCGUCCUCCUCCUCCUCCUCGGUCCUGGUGAUCGCAGCCACCAACCGCUUCCGAGCCUUGGAUCCCGCGAUCAUCCGCCCCGGACGAUUCGACUCGAUCAUCUAUGUGCCCCCCUUGGACGAAGCGGGGAGGCUGCACGCGCUGCAGAUCCACACUGCCGCCAUGCGCCUUGCUGCUGACGUCAGCCUGCCAGCUGUCGCCGCCAGCACGGCGCUGUUCACUGGUGCUGACGUGGCAGCCCUGUGCAGGGAGGCCGCCUUGGCGGCGUUGAGGGGGGAGGUUCUUGAAAGUGGGGAAGGAAAGAGUCAACCAGCAGCUGAGGAUACAGCACGAGGGGAUGCAGGAUUAGAAACAGAAACAGCUGCAGAAGCAGAAGCAGGAGCAGGAGCGAGAGCAAGUUGGGGUGGAGGUUCAGCGAUGGCCGGCCUUGAGGCUCCUAAAGAGGGGACGGGAGGAGUGGCUUCUGGCUCGCCGUGCGUUGCUCAGCGGCACUUUGACAGUGCUUUGAUGGUGGUUCGCCCCUCGUUGAGUGAGCUGGAGGUCCAAGCGUACGAGCAAGAUGCAUGAGGGAUGCUCUGUAGAAUCAAAGGUGUAUUGAUGGUUCAGCACAGCAAAGGUGCAAAAGGUGAGCAAAGGUAUGUUGAUGGUGACUUUUGAGGUGCUCACUGUUAGAAAACUAGAAUGAAUUAGAAAGAAAAGGGAACAAGGGAGAUAUAGGGUUUGGGUUGUAGUCUCUAAGAACACACACUUAUUCUAGCCUAUAACUUCUACAAGCAAAUGCAUAUAUAAGUUGACACACCCCCUAGGCUAGAUAAGGGGUAGUGCUGAGCAAGAAGCACACAGCUCAGGGUGGCACUGUCAAACAUGUGUAUUUGUCAUGUUUGUAU